AUGGUCACUAUAAGUGAUCAAGAGGAUGAAGAUGAGCAAAGCAACCUCUCCCAACAGCCUGAAAACAACUCAACAGAGGAGGAGGAUAGAGAUCACCAAGAACCAGAAAUCUCACAACAAGAGUUGCUGAAGCUCUAUGCACCAUUUUCCCAACUGCUCAAUGGUGCUGUGGGGAAGAGAAUAUACUCAAGGUUCCUAGACUUGUUUGCAUCUCUGCAUGUGAACAUACCAUUCAUCAAGGCCAUACAACAAAUGCCUGCAUUCAUCAAGUACAUGAAGGAACUUCUUCCCAGGAAAAGCUCACUCAAAGGAGGCCAAACUAUAGUGUUAAACAAGGAAUGUAGUGCCCUUAUUCAACCUGAAUUGCCUGCAAAAAGAAGAGACCCAGGGAGUUUUCACAUCACCUGUGCCAUAGGAGAAACAAUGUUUGAUAAAGCACUCUGUGAUUUAGGGGCAAGCAUCAACUUACUGCCUCUAUCCCUGGCGAAGAGGCUGUAG